AUGUCAGCCAAGCGCCGGGUAGACCCAUUGACGUCAACAGGCAUGGCGCACCCAGGCCCCUUCCUUCCAAUGGAUUUGCGCUCCCAGAAACGCUGCGGCGGGCUGCAACCCGCGGCGGCGCAGCAGGCACGCCCACGCGUGACCAACGGAACACGCGCUUUCCCCGAGCGCGCAAAAUCCUCGCAGUGGAAAACCGGGCCCCUUCGGCGACGCGUGCCCGGGGUGCAAAAAACCCGCAUUGCCCGAGCUUUGGCCUCUUUCCACGCCCCCCCCCCGCCGUCCCACAAGCCGGGCUUGCAGGGGGAGGGACCUCUCGUCCUCCCCCUCCCCAAGACGCAUCAUGGCGCUGCGCCUGGACGCCGCCGGCUCGUAGGCUGCGCGCAACGGUGCGCCCUCUCCCAAUCGGGGGGGGGCGGCGUUGGUUUGCCUCUGCCGCCACCGCCGCCGGCCUUGGCCGCUUCUCCGGGCCGGGCGAUGCGGCGGCGGCGGUGGGGGUGGACGGAGCCGGGUCCCCCCGCGACAUUCUCAAAGGCUGAGCGCCGGAGCGGGAGCGCGCCGCCGCCGGGGAGCCGGAGCCGGGAGGGGGACAGGUGUGAAUGUUUUGCAGAACGUUAAAGACCUUAGGCUGAAAUCCAAUACAUGUCUACUCAGAGGGAGAAGAUCUGGCAGGGAAAGCUGUAGCUGUGGAAUUUCUGCCUGCCGUACAAAUGAGAAAGGCACUCUUGCCAGCCAACAACAACAAUAACGUGACAGCCCUGUUGUUAUGUGGAUUAUUUACCUUUAUGCUUCAACUACCAUACUCAAAUUUAGUUUUUACAAAAUGCAUUAAAACACUGAUAUUCAAGUUUAGCUUCUCAGUAAUGCUCAUAGCUGAUAUGGAAAUUCCCAGUUGAUGUCAUGACGACUGGCAGGACUCAGAGAGCUUAUAGCCCCAGAACUUAUUUGUGGUCCCAACAUU